UGAGUAACUACAGUCAUGUGCUGGAGGGCCAGUCAGACUCCGAUGAUGAAGAUAAGCUUCACAUUGUGGAGGAGGAAGGGAGUCUCCUGGACGGGGCUGACUGUGACAGCGUGGCCCCUGACGAUGACCCCAACGGGACCGCUGACCCUGACGGCAGAUGGGACGAUGUGAAAGAGGAGUGCGUGUCGGAUGAAGAUGAGAGGAGCAGAGAUGCUUUGGUUGAGGAGAUGCUCCAGCAAGGAGACACCGCAGUCAUCUUUCCAGAGGCUCCAGAUGACGAACCGCGACAGGGCACACCAGAAACCAGCGGACAUGAUGAAAAUGGCACGCCAGACUCAUUUUCUCAGCUCCUCACCUGUCCGUACUGCUCUCGUGGCUACAAACGUUACACCUCACUGAAGGAGCACAUUAAAUACAGACACGAGAAGAGCGAGGACAACUUCAGCUGCUCUCUCUGCAGCUACACCUUUGCCUACAGAACACAGCUGGACAGACACAUGACCGCACACAAAGCUGGCCGAGAACAGCGGCAUGUUACUCAGUCAGGUGGAGGAGGGAAUCGAAAGUUUAAAUGCACUGAAUGUGGCAAAGCCUUCAAGUACAAACACCACCUGAAAGAACACCUGCGCAUCCACAGUGGAGAAAAGCCUUAUGAAUGCUCCAACUGCAAGAAGCGUUUCUCUCAUUCCGGUUCCUACAGUUCCCACAUAAGCAGUAAGAAGUGCAUUGGUCUCAUCUCAGUAAAUGGACGACCACGACCUUCUCCUGCUACAGGGGCUGCCAAGACCCCGCAGUGCUCUUCCCCGUCCCUGCCAACCUCCUCCCCUACAGCACGAGUCCAAGUAAGAGACAAACUGGAUAACAGCAAACCCCUUCAAGAGCAGCUUCCCUUGACACAGAUCAAGUCUGAGCCGCUGGACUAUGAGUACAAGCCUGUGGUAGUGGCCCCAUCUGCUAGAGGCGUAAAUGGCAUGUUUCAGGGUGGGGCAGCAGCCCCUCUCCAGGGUGCCGUACAGGCUGUUGUGCUUCCAACUGUGGGACUGGUGUCCCCAAUCAGCAUCAAUCUGGGGGACUUACAAAACGUGCUAAAGGUGGCAGUGGAUGGGAAUGUCAUUAGGCAAGUGCUGGAAAGCACACAAGCUAAGGGGCAACAAGCAGGGACGGGGAUUGUAGGAGCAGGAGGGAUUGCCCAAGCUACCCAGCAAGUUAUCCAAGCCAUUAGUCUUCCUAUCUUGGAUCAGGAUGGCAAUGCUAAAAUCUUCAUCAACUAUAGUCUGGACCCAUCCCAAGCCCAAGCAGUCCUUCAAAGUCCAAAAAAGGAACCAUUGGGGUCGAACACUGAGGUCUGCAAGGGUCAGAAGCUGCCUGAGGACCUUACAGUAAAGACAAAUAGGGACAAAACCACCCUCACUGUGGAUGAGAAGAGCAUGUUACACAAUGACAUAUUACUUAAGCACUGUGGUAAAGAUGAACAUAGGAUUAACGGGAAAAAUCUUGAGGAGAAGAUGGACUUGGAAGGACUGUGUCCUGGUCAGCCUCCUCUGAAGAACCUUCUCUCCUUGCUCAAGGCUUACUUUGCCUUAAACAAUGAACCCACUAAGGAGGAGCUGGCAAAGAUAUCGGAGUCUGUCAGUCUUCCAGCAGAGGUGGUGAAAAAGUGGUUUGAGAAGAUGCAGCUGGGACAGAUCUCCAUAGACCCUUCUUCACCUCAGCAUGAGGAGGAGCAAACCACUCCUGUGGAUUUGGAUGGUACUAAAGGUGCAUCACCCAAACCAGACUUAGAUGAGCAAAUUAACUCAGAGAAGCAAGAGGAGAGGGAGUGCUGUAGCCCAGCGGAGGGCAUUGCAGCCAGUGUGAAUGGAAUCGAGAGUGUCCCUGCAUCCCCUUCACCACUAAACCUAUCGGCUGAUGGUCCUGUCCCAGCCAGGACUCUUGAGGAAGGCGAGGGACCUCUCGAUCUGUCGCUACCAAAAUCCGCUACUACAGCCUCUGUGGCUAGCGGUCAUGCUAACACUGUUUACUCGGCUCAAGAGGAGCCGCUGAAUUUGACUUGCACAAAGAAGGAACUGCUCAGUAAUGCAAGCACCAAUGCUGCCAUAUAUGCCAGCCAACCAAGUGCCAAUCCCAUAAACAUCAUGACCACUCAACUGCCCACCCUAGUGGCUAUCACUGACCAGGGACAGGCGCAAUGUCUACGUGCACUUACCACCACUAAACAGACCAUCCUGAUCCCGCAGCUGACUUACAGUUAUACCACUACAUCCUCCAGCCCGGCAGGGACCGACACACCACAGAAGAACAUUUUACAUGUCAAUGGCAUCAAGGAGGAAAAACAGGAGAUGGGGUCAGAGGCCACCUCUAUAUUGGAAGAACAGACAGACUCAGACUCAGGGCCGACCAAGAAGAAGAUGAAAAGGACGGAGAGUGGGCUGUAUGCCUGUGACCUGUGUGACAAAAUCUUCCAGAAGAGCAGCUCGUUGCUCCGCCAUAAAUAUGAACACACAGGAAAGAGGCCUCAUGAAUGCGGGAUCUGCAGCAAGGCCUUCAAACACAAGCACCACCUAAUAGAGCACCUGCGCUUGCACUCUGGAGAAAAGCCCUAUCAGUGUGACAAGUGCGGGAAACGCUUCUCCCACUCUGGUUCCUACUCACAACACAUGAAUCAUAGAUAUUCCUACUGUAAGAAAGAGGCUCAAGGCCAAGGGCUAGGCCAAGGAGUGGAAGAAGAGGACAAUCCUGGUGAGGAGCAGCCUCAGACGGGCAGUACAGCGACCUCGCCUCCAUCCCACCUGGACUCAGAUGAGCGGGGGAGCAGUACAAGGGACGAUGAAAGCGAGGAGGAGGACGAGAUGGGCUCAGGGAGCUUAGUUGACGAGGAUGAAAUUCAGGUAGUCAAGAUUGGAGAGGAGGGAGAUGAAGACGAUCAGGGAGCAGAUGAAGACCAGGAGAGGAUGGAGGAAGAUGGUGAUGAGGAAGGUGAGGGUGAGACGCUGAAAGUCGUGGUGAUGCAAGAUGAAUGUGAAGAGGAUGAAAACGAAGAGGAUGAGCAAACGUCGGAGGAUGCCAUGGACACCAGUGACCACACGGAGGAAAUGACAGAAAGAAAGACCCCAGGGGACAAUAAGAACAUUGGUGAACAUGAAGGAAACACAGCCGCUAUGAAUGGAGAUGUGAAAUGAAGAUUCCUUACGACGGUGUUUUACAAAGUUACUAAUUUGAAGGAACCAACAAAAAGACGUUUUCUUUCAGCAGAUGUUUCUCUCUCUUCCUGAGAACUGACUGUGUUAAGAGGAGAAUGAGACGAGGAAGAGUGCGUGACGCUCUUGCGCUGCAUUUAAACCCACUACUGUGUAUAAACCCCCAGGUGUGCCUGAAAAAUACAAAAGAGUUACUCUUUUUCCACAUAAAGACAAUUUUCUGUGUUUGAGUAUGGUUUGUACAAAUGCAAAGUUUAACACAAAAAAACAAAAACAAAAAUGACGCAUAUAUGAACUGAAAGCUAUACACGUUUUGGCUAAUAAUGUUUUAUUACUAAAACGCCUUGGGUCAAUUUCUUUUAUCAGUAUUACUAAUUUUUUGUCACUCUCGGUUUACCCUCAGAAGCUGUACAGUUGGGAGAGAGAGAUUUCUAUACGUUUUUAUUGCCAAUGAACAAAACUCAGUAUUUUCUUGCAUUUAAAAGAGUAUCCUGUGCACUACCAUAUUCCCAGUUUACCUUCGGAACACCUAUGUGGGCCUUGUGUUGUUUAAUGUCUACCUUCCAGUAUUAGUGCCCCAGACGAUAUUCCUUAAGCCACGCUAGCGCUCGCUAGCACACCAUUUGUCCAUCGUCUCAUUUCCCAACGAACUGUGAGCCUUAAAUGUUAAAAGAUUGAUGUGGUAAUGGUGGGAGGGCUUUCACGAAUCCCCUAAAAGAAGCCAAGACAUCAAAGAAAAACCUUAGUAAUCCUGGACAGCUGGUUUUAGACGGUGAUCGCCAUCAGCUCCUUCCCCACCCAUUAUCCACCCUUAUGCAAAAACAUGCAUGUUGGAAGUGCCAUUGAACAGUGCUGUGCCGUUGCUGUGACGCCGUUGCGAAGCAGCACAUUCGCGUGGGGCUCAUGCUGUCUUCGUUUUUUUGGUAGCAAAAUUUUGGAACCCUGCACCUAAACCACUAGUCCUAAGUGAAGGACAAGACUGCCUAUUUCUUUUUCUUUUUUUAAUCAAUCCAGUAAGGACUACACUGCAUCAAGAAUUCAGGAAAGAGGAUCGAUAAGCAAAAAGGAGAAAAAAAAAUACGCUCUUUUUUCAGCCUUGAAGUAUUUUCCCCUGUUUGGUGCACUUGUUUCUCUUGUAAUCUUUAGCUGCACGACACUUUUUCUUCAGGUAACAAAUGUAGGCAGAUACGAUCAACGAAGAAUUCACUUUUAGUUUCUUUUGGGUCAGCCUUUUUACCUGUCAGUAUUAAUUUUUGUCUCGUUUGUAUUGAAGUUUCUUUGUUGCUUGUUUCAGUGAACAUUGUGUAAGUUUGUUUGUUUGUUUUGUUUUUCAGUAAAGGCAGUAUUAUCCCUCCCAUCCCUCACCAUUAUAACUUUACAUUUUUAGUUUUAGAGACCUUUUAUAUUUAUGUGUCUUAUUUUUGUAUUUUCGUUAUGGUUAUUUAUUACACAAUGUAGUGUACAAUACUGUAGUUUGUAUUAAUACAAUAAUAUAUUUUAGUAUGAAGAAUAAUUUCGAAGAUAAAUGAAUUCAAAGCUGGGGGCGAAACUCCAGCAUUUCGAGUGUUUUAAAACUGAAAAAAGUAUUAUUUUCAAAGUUUCUGAAUGCACCGUUUGAAGAACAGAAAAAAACACACACCCCUAAAGUAUAUCAGAACUGUUACCUUUUACAUGUCACUUUCAUGUUUCUGUCUCUUACCCCACUAUACUUUGAAGCUACUGAACGUCUAACUGUAUGCUAUACACGCAUGAGUCUUUGCUGUUGUAUCGAAAGAUUGUCCCUCGCCAUGAAACUGUGCUGCCCUUUUUAAUGAAGCCAAAACAUCAUCAGUGUGUUGUUUUUAUUAUUGUUAUUAUUUCCGGUUGUGCCAAUUUGUAACUUUGUCUACAUCGAGGCAACAGUCUUUUGUAUGUCCCUGUUUUAACCUUUUUUAGUGAUAGCUUUUUUGUUUGAUCGUUUUUCAUUUCUUUGUUUUUUUAAUGAAUCCCCAUCUCACAAUAAAAUACUUCAAGAAUUC